UGCGUACUCGUAUCGACGGUAUCGGUACAAAUUUUUUGAAAACAUAUUCGAGGUAAUCAUUGAGAAAUCUGAAAUCUGCUUGUGAUUUUCAAUUGUGCAUUUGAGUAUUUUGGAUGGACUGUGCGGUGGGAUUGUGAAUAUUGCCUACUCCUAAGUCAGGCCCGUUGGAGUGCAGCAUCGUGAAUUGAUCUUGAAUUGCUUGCAAUUGCUGUUGUCGGUGUGAUGGCCGUUUCGUGGGGCGCCGUGCAUUUGCCGCGCCUGGGGCUGGGGUGCCUGGAGAUGCAGGCGGCGGGCUGCAGGCUGGUGGCCGCGCGCAGUCUGGCCAGCGCCGCCCGCGCCGCGUCCUCCGCCGAGGCCUCCGCUAACACGAAGGAAACCAAUCAGAAUCCCUCGACGUCCGCCAGUGCCAGCGCCCACCCGGGCCGCUGGUGGGCGCACGUGGAGCUGGGCCCGCCCGACCCCAUCCUGGGCGUCACCGAGGCCUUCAAGCGCGACAGCAACCCCAAGAAGAUGAAUCUCGGCGUGGGCGCCUACCGCGACGACAACAACAAGCCCUUCAUCCUGCCCUCCGUCAAGAAGGCGGAGGAGACGCUGCACAAGCAGGGACUGGACAAGGAGUACGCGCCCAUCGCGGGUUUGGCGGAAUUUAACGCUGCCGCGGCCAAACUGGCCUUCGGACCCGACAGCCACGUUAUCAAGGACAAACUGAAUGUCACGGUGCAGGCCAUCUCGGGGACCGGGGCGCUGCGGGUGGGCGCCGCGUUUCUGGAGAAGCACUUUAAAGGCAACAAGGAGGUGUACCUGCCGACGCCCUCUUGGGGCAACCACACGCCCAUAUUUCGGCACGCCGGACUGCAAGUGAAGCAGUACCGCUACUACGAUCCCAAGACCUGCGGAUUCGACCAUGUCGGCGCUCUGCAAGACUUAGCGAAAAUCCCGCAGCAGUCCAUCGUUCUUCUGCACGCCUGUGCGCACAAUCCGACCGGUGUCGAUCCCAAACCGGAGCAGUGGGCCGAGAUGUCCAAGAUUAUCAAGGCGCGCAAUUUGUUCGUGUACUUCGACAUGGCUUACCAGGGCUUCGCCAGCGGCGACACGGAUCGCGACGCGCAGGCCGUCCGGCAGUUCGUGUCGGACGGGCACCAGGUGGUGCUGGCGCAGUCCUUCGCCAAGAACAUGGGCCUGUACGGGGAGCGCGUGGGCGCCUUCACGGUGCUGUGCAGCAGUGCGGAGGAGGCCAGGGCCGUGGAGAGCCAGCUGAAGAUCCUCAUCCGGCCCAUGUACUCCAACCCGCCGGUGCACGGCGCGCGCAUCGCCUCCACCAUCCUCAACACGCCGGACCUGGCGUCGCAGUGGCUGAAGGACGUCAAGGGGAUGGCCGAGCGCAUCAUCCAGAUGCGCGAGCUGCUGGCCGCGAAUCUGAAGAAGGAGGGCUCCACGCGUGACUGGCGCCACAUCACCGACCAGAUUGGCAUGUUCUGCUUCACCGGCCUCACGCCGCCCCAGGUUGAGCGCCUGACGAAGGAGUUCUCCAUCUACCUGACGAAGGACGGCCGGAUAUCGAUGGCCGGCGUGACGUCCAAGAACGUGGCCUACCUGGCGCACGCCAUCCACGAAGUCACCAAAGGAUUGUUGCUCAGCAUGGGAUGCUUCAGUAAUUCGCGAAGCAAAACCGACCCCGAAGAUGAACGUCUGCAGCGCGAGACCAACAAGAAGAUCGACCAGCAGCUGCAGCGCGACAAGCAGCUCUAUCGCGCCACCCACCGCCUCCUCCUCCUCGGAGCGGGUGAGUCGGGGAAGAGCACCAUUGUGAAGCAGAUGCGGAUCCUGCACGUGGCGGGCUUCAAUGAAGAGGAAAAGCGGCAGAAGACGGCGGAGAUUAUGAAGAAUAUUAAGGAUUCUAUUGUGGUGAUAACGGGGUCCAUGUCGAUCCUGGUGCCGCCGAUUGCGCUGGAGCGGCCGGAGAACAAGCCGCGCGUCGACUACAUGCAGAGCAUCGCCAACGUGGAGAAUUUCACGUAUCCCGAAGAGUUCUGGGACAACGCGGAGGCGCUGUGGGCGGACGAGGGCGUGCAGCGCUGCUUCGAGCGCAACAACGAAUACCAGCUGAUCGACUGUGCCAAAUACUUCCUGGAUAAGAUUGGAUCGGUUCGUCGUCCAGAUUACUCACCUUCCGAGCAAGAUAUCCUUCGCGCUCGCGUUCAGACUUCCGGCAUUUUCGAAACCAAAUUCACCGUGGACAGAGUGAACUUCCAUAUGUUCGACGUGGGCGGUCAGCGGGAUGAGCGGCGCAAGUGGAUCCAGUGCUUCAACGACGUCACCGCCAUCAUCUACGUGACGUCCUCCAGUAGCUACGACAUGGUCCUCAUGGAGGACAUCACCACCAACCGCCUCAAGGAAUCUCUCGACCUCUUCAAGAGCAUAUGGAACAACCGGUGGCUGCGGACGAUAUCGGUGAUUCUGUUUCUGAACAAGAUGGACCAGCUGCAGGAGAAGAUCCUGGCUGGCCGCUCCAAGCUGGAGCUCUACUUCCCCGAGUUCGGCCGCUACGUCACGCCGCCCGAUGCGAAAGCCGAGCCCGGAGAACAUCCGGAAGUCGUACGUGCCAAGUAUUUCAUCCGCGAUGAAUUUCUGAGGAUCAGCACGGCAUCGAACGACGGGAAGCACUUCUGCUAUCCACACUUCACAACGGCCGUGGACACGGAGAACAUUCGGCGUGUCUUCAACGACUGCCGCGACAUUAUCCAGAGGAUGCAUUUACGGCAGUACGAGCUGCUCUGACUUGUCGGGUCUGGGUGUGUGAACGGGAACGGGUCGGGACGGAAUUCGGGCUGGGAUACUGCUGCUGCAGGAUGGGAUGGUGGGGCGUAGUUAUAGCAUUUCAUCGUUUUGGCUGUGGCUGGUCGGCGUUGUACGGGUGGAACGGCGUGUAAGCGGACUGUCGACCGAAUCCUUCUCCGCGCUGCGUGCUGCAUUCUGUUCUGCUUAGACAGUGUCUGACAGACAGACGUCCGGCGCAGGUCUUCACUCGAGCGUCUUCUUCCUUUUAUGUUUGUUUAAUCUGUACAGUGAAUACAUGCAUCGUCAAGGGGACGAGAUCAGUGGCGAGCUGCUAGGAAAAAGAGGGUUUGGGUUGGCGCGGUGGCAGGCGUUUCGGCUCGGUGUCCGCGGAGGCCCGGUGAAGGGCGCUUGGGCUGGUUGCGCUGUUGUCAUUUGAUUUGUAGCUGGCUAGUUUUGUUUCUUGGCAGUGCCGUGUCCGUGUCCCGCGGCCUAUGGAUCGGUAUUGUCACGGACGCCGUGGGCGGGCGGCUGGCUAGUACACAUUUCACCGUUGUUGUUGCAUACCGCUAAUUUUCGAUUAAUUCAGUUUCUGGUUUAUUUUAUCUUUCUAGACGCUGAUCGAGUUAAUUUCUGGAAAAAUGAAGCUUCAGUAACUGCGUUUUUUAUUGUAGUAAAGCAUGAAGUACUGUAU